AUGUACUCUGGAAGCAAAUAUGUGGGUAGCGCUGCCGGAUCAACAUUCGCAAGAAUAUUCUUCAAACAACUCAAUCUGGUUCCUUCAUGGGCUACCGGCCAACAAGGGGGAAGCCUAGACAUGUGUCCGUCGGAGAGGUCCGCUGCUCUUCCACCCCAGCCAGUUGCUCGAUCUCUACUCGCUAUCUACAUCGCUCGCGUUCACAUCUGGUGGCCAUUCCUUCAACUGCCCUACCUAAGGAGAGUCUUUCAGCACAUAUAUCAAGAACCAAGGCAAUGCGCCGAUCACGAGAAGUUUAUCGUAUUCAUUGUGCUUGCGCUGGGAAGCUGCCAGGUCACCCUGAAAGACAAGGAUUCUCCCGCCACAUUAGAUCUCAACGAUUCUACUUCGUAUUUCCAAACAGCUCUACGAUUCUUCAACAAUUUCCAUGACCACCCUCGAGACCUGUUUGGCAUACAGGCAGUCUUGUUACUGGCUGUGUGGAUGCUUGACUCGUCUUGCAGCAGCCACAACAAUGAUCUGUGGCAACUCAGCAGGUAUAUCAUGUCUUGUGCCAUUGAAGCUGGACUGCAUAGACACAAUACCGACUGGGGAUUUACAGCUGAAGAGCUGGAAGUGAGGAACCGGACCUGGUGGUGUGCUUACAAUCUUGAGCGACAAGUUGCUACAAUCACAGGUCGCGUGCUGUCCAUACGCGAUCAUGCCAUACACGCUUUGUUACCCACAGCUUCAAGUUUCGACAGUCUAAAUACACUCGAGAGUUCGGCAGCACCCAUCUUCCACAAACACAACGUUCAGCCCUUGCGCCACAUGAUAGCCCUUCGUCGUAUCGGCGGUCGCAUUCUGGAGUCCAUCUACAUCGCCAGAGGACCAGAUGGCACAGCCAUGGACACUACGUUUCAGCAGAUCUGCACAACAUCCGAUCAAAUCCGUCGAGAUCUUGAGACGUGGGAGCAGCAACUGGAAGUCAUGACACUGAAACCUUCUCGCGAGUACUCUGAGAUGAAGAUUGAAUACUGUCUCUUGCAGCUUCUGUUGCAUCGACCGUCGCCGACUUUCAUGGUACCUUCUCGCCAGAUGGCGUCGUACUGUUCUAGAGCGGUAUCGACUGCAAUUCACCACUGGUCAAAGAUUGAUGUAGAGUAUGGCAUCUCGGCAGUAUGUCGUUGUUUUCGACAACUUCAUGAUAUUCUCUUAGUCGGCUUGGCUGCUCUAUACUGCGACUGGCAGAGCAUGGCACUCCCACAAACAAGGACCGAGGAUGCGCAAAGAGGAUGUCGACAUAUGGGCGACACUAGUGCCUGCCUUGAUCUCAUUGAACGGGGAAUAUCUCACAUGAAAGGAUCUCAUCUUACACGAUACCGAGAUCUCUUCCAAGCUGUGAGGAACAAGAUCUAUUCAGGGACCUCGGUCACCGAGACCUCGCCAAUGGAGUCCAUCCACGUCGACCCGACUGCACCUCCAGAGCCGUAUGCUACAUCAGAAGGCCUUACCUUUGCUUCCAAUGAUGAAAUGGUGUACUCCAUGGGGGAUGGUGUGGAAGCCUAUAUGAAUCAAGUGAACGAGUUCUUGGAUGGUGGAGGCUUCGAUGUGGAUGAGGCUCUCAAUGCCUGGUAUGAAGCUCUUAUGGAAGAAAUGCAGCGCAACUAA